UGUAUUCUAUCCUAAGGGCCCAGACCAUCAUGAAAGCUCGUUUGAAAGGUGCCCAGACAGGACGCAACCUUCUUAAGAAAAAGUCUGAUGCCUUAACCAUGCGCUUUCGGCAGAUCCUUAAAAAAAUUAUUGAGACUAAGAUGCUGAUGGGGGAGGUUAUGAGAGAAGCUGCUUUCUCACUAGCUGAAGCCAAAUUUACAGCAGGAGAUUUCAGUACAACUAUUAUUCAGAAUGUGAACAAAGCACAAGUGAAGGUUAGAGCUAAGAAGGACAAUGUUGCAGGUGUGACACUACCUGUGUUUGAACAUUAUCAAGAAGGAGGGGACAGUUAUGAGUUGACAGGUCUUGCAAGAGGUGGUGAGCAGCUGGCUAAACUAAAGAGAAACUACGCAAAGGCUGUAGAGCUGCUUGUAGAACUGGCUUCUAAUGCAGACCUCAUUUGUGACUCUAGAUGAAGCCAUUAAAAUUACCAAUAGGCGUGUAAAUGCCAUAGAACAUGUCAUUAUUCCUAAAAUUGAGCGAACUCUGUCAUACAUUAUUACUGAGCUGGAUGAACGUGAACGAGAGGAGUUCUACAGGUUAAAAAAGAUUCAAGAGAAGAAAAAAAUUAUCAAAGAGAAGGCAGAGAAGGAGCGUGCAAAGUGGAAUAAAUCAGGAGGUCCUGAACCAGUCAAUCUUCUUGCCGAAGACCGUGAUGAAGACUUGCUGUUUGACUAA